UUUCUUACAAAUUGUAAUAUGAGUCGAACACAAAAUAACAAACUGUACAUUUGUCAGGACCGUCUAUGGCGCAAGAACCGAGUACCCAACAUUCUGUGUCAUGGCGUCGACUGCAACCGUAACUUCGACUCAGACUUUGGUGGAGCCGGGAGUUCUAACAACCCAUGUUCUGACUAUUACAGUGGAGAGUCUGCGUUCUCUGAGAGAGAAUCACAGGCUGUGCGAGGCUCCAUUGAAGCUCUGCCAGACGUGAGAAUGUACUUUAGUCUUCAUUCUUACGCUCAGCUUUGGUUGACUUCAUAUGGUUACACCGAGCAGCUGCCUGCCAAUUAUGACGAACAGUACCGGGUGGCCGGGGUGAGCGUCAGGGCCCUGGAGGCCGUGCAUGGUACCAAGUACAACUACGGCAGCCUAGCAAACGUUGUAUGUAAGUUUUUCCCCUUGAGUCUAGUCAUAUCUUCAUUGCUAUUGCACUUACCCAUUUUCCUUUGUCUAGGUACUUAAAACUCUCUCUCAAGUAACAAAGAUAUGU